UGGUGCUUACCAACCGUUCUUCAGAGCCCACGCUCAUAUCGACUGUAAACGACGUGAACCGUGGCUGUUCUCCGAGAAAACUACAGCUCUUAUUCGUGAUGCUAUCAGGCAGCGAUACUCCUUCUUACCAUAUUGGUAUACACUGUUCUACGAGCACAUGCUGACCGGUAAACCUGUGAUGCGACCACUUUGGGCGGAAUUUCCGGAUGAUGAGAACGCACUUGAUGAAGAGCGUGAGUGGUUGGUUGGGCCUGCACUGCUGGUCAGACCCGUGAUGGAACCAGAUGUCACAACGAUAUCGCUCUAUCUGCCUGGUCGUCGUAAUGUGAUGUGGUACGAUUGGGCUACAAAUAAACCAAAACCAGCUCCUGGAGCAGUCUAUGUGAAUGGUUCAAUGGAAUCAGUGCCGCGUCUCCAACGCGGUGGUACAAUCAUACCGGUACGAGAACGUAUUCGUCGUGCAUCAACCCUGAUGCGUAACGAUCCAAUCACCCUAUACAUAGCUGCCAGCUAUAAUAAGGACAAUUUGGCGAAUGGAACAAUUUACAUGGAUGAUGGUGAGACAUUCAACUACAAGAAAGGAGAAUAUUUAUAUUGGGCAUUUAUCUACAAGAAAGUGAGUGAUCAACUUUAUACGAUAACAGCGAAAAACUUGGAUAAGAACGGAAAAUUGGAGACUGAUGUUCUGAUUGAGAAAAUUGUUAUUCGCGGUGUGCGUUAUUUCCCGAUGAAUGUACACAUUUACUUGGACGGUUGGUUGAUUUAUUGGUUGUUGUUGUUUUUGUGA